AAAAAAAGGGAAAGAGAGCACGAAUAACGGAACGAUACAGGAUUUAUGGAAAUGCGUAUCGUGACAACGCUGAACAUGCGUGGAGGUUAUGCAUAAAUAAGAUAAAAACAAACAGAAAGUGGCACCGGGUCCGGGGGAGAAACGGGAAUUUUACGAUUGUUUCAACUGGAAGCUGAAGAUGGCCUGGAUGUGGAAGAAGAAGUCCGUCAUCGCCACCAGUCUGAUAGUGGCCGUCUCGCUCUUCGUGGUGGUGGUGAACUAUGCUGAGAAGCCCUACGUGCUGCUGCAGCCGGUGUUCGGACAAACCUUCAGCAGCCGCUGGGUCUUCUCCCGCCAACAGCACAAGGCCUACAAGCCCCACCCAGGCUAUGUCAGCAUCCCAAAACAGGAGCCGCUGAAGCUCAACUGCGAUGUGUGCAGCGUGGUGUCCAGCUCGGGCCAGAUGCUGGGCCGGCAGGCGGGGCCGGAGAUCGACCAGAGCUCCUGCGUGUGGCGCAUGAACAACGCCCCCACCAAGGGCUUCGAGCGGGACGUGGGGCGGCGCACGACGCUGAGAGUGGUGUCGCACACCAGCGUGCCCCUCCUCCUGCAGAGGCAGCAGUACUUCUUCGGCCAGGCCAACGACACCGUCUACGUCAUCUGGGGGCCCCUGAGGAACAUGCGCAAGGACGGCAAGGGCAUGGUCUACAACAUGCUGCGGCAGGCGGUGGACAGCUACCCGCAGGCCCGCAUCUACGUCACCACGGAGGAGCGCAUGAACUACUGCGACAGGGUCUUCAAGGAGGAGACGGGGAAAGACAGGAUACAGUCGGGAUCCUACCUCAGCACCGGCUGGUUCACGCUCAUCCUGGCUAUGGACAUGUGCAAGGAGAUCCGGGUCUACGGGAUGAUCAAUGACACCUACUGCAGGACGGAAGGCUACAGGAAGGUUCCGUACCAUUACUACGAGGCAGGAAGCCGAGACGAGUGUGCGGAAUACCUCCUGCAUGAGAGCGCGCCGUAUGGCGGUCACCGCUUCAUCACCGAGAAGGCCGUCUUUGCCAAAUGGGCCAAAACACACGCCAUCAAAUUCUUCCACCCGGCCUGGCUGGUUUCGUGACCCGGGGCGGGACCCGAGCCCCACGGUGCCAACACUCCAGAACAUCCCAACACCUGCAACAUGCAGCCCCCC